AAGCGUAAGUAGUUUUUAAACAGAUAGUCUUUUAUAAACAUAUACUUUUCUAAUUUGGUGUGUGCAGUGUUGACUUUAGCCUCAGUUUAUUUUAAACGGUUACAAUGGGUCCACCAAAGCGCUCAAAUCCAUAUAAAUCCGACAGUAAAUCACAGAAAAAACGUAAUAAAAAGGAAGACAAUGAAGAAUGGAACUACGAAGAAGAUGACACCAAUGAUACAGACGUAGUUGAAGCUGAUGUGCCGGGAGCUGCAGCUAGAGAUGCCGAAAAGAAUGACCAAGCGGUACAAGAAGAUGAAUUUGGAGCCAAAGAUUACCGCUCUGAGAUGAUACUGAAACCUGAUAACAUGUCCAGGCCUUUGUGGAUAGCACCGAAUGGUCACAUCUUUUUAGAAUCUUUCUCUCCUGUGUAUAAACACGCACACGACUUUCUAAUCGCCAUUUCUGAACCUGUCUGUCGUCCAGAAUGUAUACACGAAUAUAAACUAACAGCAUAUUCGUUAUACGCUGCUGUAAGUGUGGGUCUACAAACCAACGAUAUUAUCGAAUAUCUGAAAAGACUGAGCAAAACUAGUGUUCCUGAGGGUAUUAUAGAGUUCAUCAAGUUGUGUACGUUAUCUUAUGGUAAAGUGAAGUUGGUUUUAAAGCAUAACAAGUACUUCGUUGAGAGCCCUUUUCCUGAAAUUUUACAAAAGUUGUUGAAAGAUCCAGUUAUUCAAGAAUGCAGGUUAAGAAGAAAUUUGGAAAAUGAAAGUGAAGAAUUUAUCAAACAGACUCAAGACAAGAAAAAAGUGCCUACCUUUGGGGCUAAACCAGGCACCUCGGGAGAACCUAGUGGUAAUGCAGAUGGAGCUGUAGUGCCUGAUGAUAUAACUAGUUUUUAUGAGAAAAUAGAUGAAGGGGAAGAUGAGGAAGAUGCUUCCUUAGAGACUGUGUCUUUCGAGGUCAAUCAAGAAAAAAUUGAAAUCAUUCAAAAGAGGUGUAUAGAACUGGAAUAUCCACUGCUAGCAGAGUAUGAUUUCAGGAAUGACACCAUAAACCCAGACAUAAAUGUUGAUCUGCGUCCUUCAGCUGUCUUGAGACCUUAUCAGGAAAAGUCUCUAAGAAAAAUGUUUGGAAAUGGAAGAGCAAGAUCUGGUGUGAUAGUUUUACCUUGUGGAGCUGGAAAAUCCUUGGUAGGAGUGACUGCCUGUUGUACAGUCAGAAAAAGAGCCUUGGUGCUGUGUAAUUCUGGGGUAUCUGUCGAACAAUGGAAGCAACAAUUUAAGAUGUGGUCCACAGCUGAUGAUAGUAUGAUAUGCCGAUUUACUUCUGAAGCCAAAGACAAACCAAUGGGCUGUGCUAUUCUCGUCACAACAUAUUCUAUGAUCACCCACACGCAGCGUAGAUCAUGGGAAGCCGAGCAAACAAUGAAAUGGUUGCAGGAACAAGAGUGGGGAAUAAUGCUCUUGGAUGAAGUCCACACAAUACCUGCCAAGAUGUUCAGAAGAGUGUUGACGAUAGUGCAAAGUCAUUGCAAAUUGGGACUAACAGCCACUUUGCUGAGAGAAGAUGAUAAGAUUGCUGAUCUGAAUUUCUUGAUCGGGCCAAAAUUGUAUGAGGCGAAUUGGUUGGAGUUGCAAAAGAGAGGUUAUAUUGCUAGAGUCCAAUGCGCAGAAGUCUGGUGUCCCAUGACACCGGAAUUUUAUCGGGAAUAUCUUGUGUGCAAAACAAGUAAACGACUGUUGUUGUACGUUAUGAAUCCAAAUAAAUUCAGAGCCACUCAGUAUUUAAUCAGAUAUCACGAAAGAAGAGGCGACAAAACUAUUGUAUUUUCCGACAAUGUGUUCGCCUUGAAGCAUUAUGCAAUAAAAAUGAACAAACCGUACAUUUAUGGUCCUACAUCGCAAGGAGAAAGAAUCCAGAUUUUGCAGAACUUCAAGUUUAAUCCCAAGGUGAACACGAUUUUCGUGAGUAAAGUAGCAGAUACUUCCUUCGAUUUACCAGAAGCCAACGUCUUAAUCCAAAUAUCUUCCCACGGUGGUUCCCGAAGACAAGAAGCCCAGAGAUUAGGUAGAAUUUUGAGAGCGAAAAAGGGAGCCGUAGCAGAAGAGUAUAACGCCUUUUUCUAUACGUUGGUGUCACAAGAUACCAUGGAAAUGAACUAUUCCAGAAAGAGGCAAAGGUUUUUGGUGAAUCAGGGGUACAGUUACAAGGUUAUUACGAAGUUGGCCGGUAUAGAGGAUGAGCCGGAUAUGAUGUAUAAAACUAGAGAUGAGCAAGGGCAGCUACUGCAACAGGUAUUAGCAGCAAGUGAUAUUGACUGUGAAGAUGAGCGCAUUCCAGGCGAAGGUGGUUCUAAGGCGGGUGGUACCGUAAGAAAGGCUGGAAAUAUGGGUUCCAUGUCAGGAGCAGACGAUGCUGUGUACUACGAGUACAAAAAAGGUGGUGGUAUGCUCAAUAAGCAUCCACUCUUCAAGAAAUUUAGAUAUUAG